AGUGAUGUCUGCCACACGCUCCUCUCCUGUCUGAGUAGCGCAGGGCUCCCAGCUCCGGUGCAGCACAGAGAUUAGAGCGGACGGUGCCGUAGGCUGGAAAGCCACACAGCAGAUGUGUGAAGAAGAUGGAGCUGUUUCUCCGGGUUUAGAGCUGGCGAAGGGAGGAUGCUUCCCAUUCCGCACUGGGAAGCAGUCCUGAACCCCGCGCAUCCAGCCAGGAAGACCGAUGGAACCGCUGGACGUUGAUGGAAAGCCAGCCUCUGCUGCAUGUUUAGGUCGCCCCUGGAUCCUGGAUUAUCUGCGGGAACGUAAACAGGAGUAAUCUGACAAAGGGGUACAAAGAUAAGGAAAACUAACACAAAACAAAACAGCAACAAGAAGAGAAAAAAAAAACCCUCCAAAAGCUCCAGGUGUCUGUGGGAUGAAUUCCACUGAGCACCCCGAGUUGAUCCAGGUUCCCCACGUGCGGAACCACAGCUCUGGACCUUACCCCUCCGCCAAAGGCUCGGGGGGGGAGAAGGACUCCUCGGGAUGCUACGAGCAGCUCCUCAUCUCCACCGGAGUCUUCCUCGCCCUGGGCAUCGUCAGCCUGCUGGAGAACAUCCUGGUGAUCACGGCCAUCGCUAAGAACAAGAACCUGCACUCGCCCAUGUACUUCUUCAUCUGCAGCCUGGCGGUGGCCGACAUGCUGGUGAGCGUCUCCAACGCCUCGGAGACCAUCGUCAUGGAGCUCAUCAACCGCGGCCACCUGUCCAUCGGCAGCGGCCUGAUCAAGAACAUGGACAACGUCUUCGACUCCAUGAUCUGCAGCUCGCUGCUGGCGUCCAUCUGCAGCCUGCUGGCCAUCGCCAUCGACCGCUACAUCACCAUCUUCUACGCGCUGCGCUACCACAACAUCGUGACCGUGCGCCGCACCGCCACGGUCAUCUCCUGCAUCUGGGCCUUCUGCACGGCGUCGGGCGUGCUGUUCAUCGUGUACUCGGAGAGCACCACCGUGCUCAUCUGCCUGAUCACCAUGUUCUUCGCCAUGCUGGCUCUCAUGGCCUCACUCUACGUGCACAUGUUCAUGCUGGCGCGGCUGCACGUCAAACGCAUCGCCGCGUUGCCCGGCAACGCGCCCAUCCGCCAGCGCGCCAACAUGAAGGGCGCCAUCACGCUCACCAUCCUGCUGGGCGUGUUCGUGGUGUGCUGGGCGCCCUUCUUCCUGCACCUCAUCCUCAUGAUCUCCUGCCCGCGGAACCCCUACUGCAUCUGCUUCAUGUCCCACUUCAACAUGUACCUCAUCCUCAUCAUGUGCAACUCCGUCAUCGACCCCCUCAUCUACGCCUUCCGCAGCCAGGAGAUGAGGAAGACCUUCAAGGAGAUCUUCUGCUGCUACAGCCUGCCGGGGUCCUGCGUCUGUUAGCUGCCCGGCGGGUACUGAGGAGGAAAAAGAACAACCUUUCCAAAAGGCUGGGAACACUUCAUCGGGCCAAAUAACGACUAUCAGAAUGUAUCUAUUUUUUGUGCCGAUCAAGCACGUUUCUUCUGGCUCGUUUCCAUUCAGAAAUCUGGACCAAAAUCAGCCAGCCAACUGAAAAACAACUAACCAAGUAACCAACUGAAAAACAAACCUUUAAACAUAUUGUUACGUAAAUAAUAAAAUAUGUAAGUUAGAUGUAAUAUCGUAAACAUACUCUCCCUCACUCACUCGCAAAAAGGCAGUCCAGAGAAACUUCUGGAAACUGUGGAACAGAAAGGAGUCAAGGACAUCCGUGUUGGUGGGUUCUGCUUUGACAGUUGGACAGUGAGAGGUAGGUUCAUGCCACAUCCCUCAUACAAAUAAAUCGCUUCUCUGCCUGCUUCUGCCUCAGCGCGAACCGUACACUGGAUAACGUUUGGAAUUUGAACAUUUAAACAUACACUGCGAAAAAAAAUCUAUCUUAACAAGUGUUUUAGUCUUGUAACAAGACUUGUAACAAAACUUUUUUUCACUCAAGCAGAAAAUGUUAGCGUGUUUUAAGGUCCAGUACUGUUCGCUUGAAGUGAAAUUUUCGAAAAUCUUGGCAAAUCUAGAAAUGAGACAAAACGGUCUCAUCUCAUUGGCAAUAGUUUUCUCAUUUUGCCAAAAAAAAAAAUAUAUAUAAAUAUGAUUUUACGUCUAAAUAUGAGACUAAAAUACUGGUUGAGAUUAACUUAUUUUUUGGUUUUUGCAGUGUAAUAUGUGGCAGAAUACAUAAUGAAUUGCAUGUAAUGCGUUGCAUAUACUGUGUAUUUCAGACGCUGAAUAGCGAAAACUGCUUGUAACCAAUUCAGCAAUGUUUUCAGAAUGACUGAACAAUGCAAACAGUAAAUUAAGUCAAGCUCGUGCCAAUCAGAUUGGAGAUUUGGGACAGUGAUACUAUGUACUCUGCCCACACUUUUGAUAGAGCUUGGCAAAAUUAAGUGAUGCAUUAACGCUUUUAUAUGGCAGUAUUAAGUGUUUCUUAAGCACACCGUAACCGGAAAGUACAUGGUGAAUAUUGUCAGGUUUUUUUUUAUGCUAAAACAACUGUACAAACAAUCGGAGUGGAAUUUGCAGAAGAGGGCAAUGUCCAGCCAAAGCAUAGAGUUGUGCACAGUACUACCUGUACCAUCUGCUACUGGACAAGGGGGGGAUCGGGGUUUGGGAGGUCAACAAGAAUACAGUCAGUGCCUACCACUAAUCGUAAUCCAUGUGUUUCUCACUGUAAAAAAUGACACCUAUAUCCUAUAUUUAUAUACAUGCAUAUACAUAAGAUUUUAUUUUCUCAUAUACAAUAUUUUCUUGGUGCGGUAAUAGUAUGAUUUCCCAUUUUGCUUCUUAUACAAGGCACCUUGAUUUUGUUAUUUAUGAAAGUAUGGAAUCCGUUUGGGAGUCCCUGCGCUGGAUUCUCCUGUGCACGCUGUCUUACAUGUUUUAUAUGUUUUUACCGUAAAUGUGAUGUUGAAGCACUGUACCAUAUCUCAGGCUUUGUCAUAUUGCACUGUGAAUAAAAAAAAAAAACUAAACUAAAUAUUUUCGGUGACUGUGUUAAAGUUGAAUUAUUUUAAUAAAAGAAUACGCAAA